AUGCGUGACCGGCUGGCCGACUUUCAACGUCGAGUCGUCACGGAUCGUUUCGAGGAAGUGGAACUGGGUCCGCCUGUGCCGGCUGGCUUCCCUCAAGCAAUAGCAAAUUCUUUAGAUGGACGAAUUAGUCUGGUUCGGAGGCUUCUCGAUGAGCUUCAGUCUGAAAUCGAAGCAUUACGCAGAAAACAACAGCAUAUACUAGCACUAGCUGUAGCGGAUCCUGCCGAAAAGGAUGUACUAGAGGACCAAAUAGUCAAGAUUCGUCGGAAAACAUCCGACCUACGUAAGAUGGUGAACGAAGUGGAUAAUGAGUUCAAUGAAUUUGCUAGAGUAUGUGAGUCGGCUGGAGAGGUACGAAUCCGGAAAAAUCAAAUCGAUUCAAUUCGGAUUAAGUUGCGAGAUCUCAUAAUUUGUUUCAAUGAUACUCAUGCCGAUUACCGAUCGAGAGUCUCAGUGAGAGUUCGACGCCAACUGCGGGCAGUUGGUGAGAAUGUGACGGAGGAGGAAGCGGAGAAGAUCAUAGACUCAGCCGGUCGCGAUGAGCUCUUCUUCCGUCAAGUAAAUCCUUUGUCCGUCUCUGCAAAAGCGGCUUUAGCGGACGUUAAACGAAGGCAUAACGAAAUAGUUGAAUUGGAGAAAAGCAUACAGACAAUGCAGGAAAUAUUUGUCGAUCUGCAAAAUUUAACAGAGAUCCAGAACGAAAUGGUGGAUAAUAUUGCACAGAACGUGGAAAGCACCAAAGAUCAUGUGGAGCAAGGUGCACGAAACGUGAAGAUUGGAUUGGAGUAUAAGAAAAGCGCCACAAGAAAAAAGAUCAUGGUUGCGUUAUUCGUUGUCAUUUUAAUCCUGCUUCUUAUUGUCGCCGCGAUCAUCCUGGCAGUUGUUCUUUCGAACCACAAAUGA